AUGCAGUCCGUGGUAAAGCAACUUUCACUCGUAUAUCCUCAUCUGCCGGAAUAUGUGGUAGAGGAAUACAACCGAAGGAGGGAAGAUGAUUUUGCUGCAGGCUUUUUGGACUUUGAAGAAAGUCAGGACCUACUUAUCUCCCUCUUGAGCGCAUUUCCUCAAACCACAAUCGUCAUUGACGCGCUGGAUGAGAAUGACGUAGAAGAACGGCUAAGGCUAUUAGGCGCAUUGCAAGAUAUUCUCCGCCGAACCAGCAGUAUCGUGAGGAUAUUUGUUGCAAGCAGGGACGAUCAAGACAUCAAGUUACAUCUUGAGCAUGUACCAAACCUGUUCAUCAAAGCAGAAGACAACCGGCAUGAUAUUGAGAGGUUCAUCCACCGGGAAGUAGAACACGCCAUAAAUACUAGGCGACUACUUCGUGGUCAAAUUACCAAUGAACUGAAGAAGCGAAUCAUUUCGGUUAUCGCCGACGGAGCUAAGGGAAUGUUCCAAUGGGCGAAUCUUCAGAUUAAACAGCUAUAUUCUUUAAACCUUGAGGAGGAUAUCUGGGAUAGCCUAGGAAGGCUACCCAAGACCCUUGAGGAGACAUACUCACAGAUACUAGACCAAAUAUCCUCGAAAACCCCUCGAGAGCAGGAAUGUGUAAAGCGGGCGUUGAUGUGGAUCAUGUGCGCGGAAGCGCCACUCCAUUGGGAUCUCUGGGCGGCGCUCACAUUUUUCCCUAAUCCCAUCCCCCCAGACGGCACAAAUCUCCUUUUAGGACUUUGCAGUAAUCUGGUUACGUUUGACCAGCAACUCCGCCGGGUGGUCUUUGCACAUUUAUCAGUUGAAGAAUACCUUGAGAAGACCGAUACCUUCAGCUCUCAAAAUGCAAAUCGUAUGGCGCUCGCAGUUUGCCUUUCAGCAUGUAGUAGUGAACGUGAUGGAUUUUUUAUCCCAGCGAGUCUUGAUUUUCACGCUGAAUGUGUUCCGGCAACAAUCCAGCUUACCCGAUAUUGCAUUGUCUAUUGGCCAUAUCAUGCGGAACAUUGUUAUGAAUAUGGAAUGGGUGAUCACGAGGUGGAUCUUCUUCAACGUUUUUUAGGAACCCCAAAAGAGCCCGGAGAAUUUUAUUUAGGGUGGAUAAAUCUUUCGAGAAGGAUUCCACAAGGCCUAUCAUGGGUCACCGAUCUAUGGUACAAGCAUCGUCGAUACUUGUUAUCGACGCCCCCCAGCCCAAUCUUCCUACUACCAUGCUUUUCCUUUGGAAAGGUGCUCCAAACCUGCUGGAAGUCUGCUAUUCCAAAUAUCGACACUCAGAACGAUAUGGGACACACACCGUUGCUCGUAGCGACUUUUCAAGGGAACGAGUCAGCUAUGAAUUUCCUGUUAGACAAUGGGGCAAAUGUCAAUGCGAAGCGAGGCUUUCCUGCUAUAAAUACCUUGAUGGCCGCAAUAAUUUCUCAUAAACCGAAGGCACUUCUCAAGCUUAUUGAUGCAGGUGCCAGUAUAGGUGCUAAUAGCUGCAACUACAGAACCGUGUUAGAAGCGGCAGCAAGAGAUGGAGACAAAGACACUGUCAAAUUAAUACUAUCUAUUACUCGCAACAUCGAAAUAAACGAAGAUGUCUUGAAGGCAGCAGCAGGGAAUCCUAAUCAAGGAGGCGAGAUAAUGGCCAUUCUUCUUGACCAGCGCCCAAGAAUUACUGAGGAGGUUAUGGAGAUAGCGGCAAACAAUCCAAAUGGCAGUGAUAUUUUCAUGAUCCUAUGUGCCAACUACCCCUACCUUACAAUAACAGAAGCAGUCCUAGUGGCCGCCGCUAGAAAUUUUGCAGGCACUCUCAUACUUAAGGCGCUACUUUCCAAAUUUCCGGACACCAAGAUAUCCCAGGCAAUUUUUAUGGCAGCAGCAGGCACUUGUGGGGGUAACGAGAUUACACAGACUCUAUUAAAUAAAUACCCGAAUAUCGAAAUCACCGAUUCGACUGUUAGAGCUGCCUCGAAACACUCGUUCCCCAGAAGCUGGGAGGUUAUGCAAAUGUUACUCUCCAGAAUUACCAAGAUUCUUUACGACCCGGAGGACAUCUUUUGCGGCAUUGUGGAAAAUUGCUAUAGCAGCGAUACUCUUCAUAUGUUACUCACAAUAUCCCCGAAGUUCAACCUCUCUUGGGAUAUUAUCAGAGCGAUAGACAGGAGCAAUGAUUGCAACGAGAUUAGGGAGAUAUUGAAGUUCCAUGGUCUCAUGAAAGCGAGAAUUGAGCUGUUAUCAGCAGCGGCGGAGAGGAGCAAGAUUGAUCAUACACGCGAUUCGCCGUGGGUUCAGUGGCCGCCCAGCCUUUUAGUACCGCUGUUUUCUGUAUCAUCGCUCCCUGCGGCUUCUGUCGCGCGUCUAGCAGAUGAAUAUCUGAGUGUGCUAGAGGACACUCAUCACGGUCGUGAAAUGAUGAACUCGCUGUUGUCUACUUCCCACGAUUUAGGUCGCUGUCAACUUAUUCUAGAGGCGGCAACCGAGAGUAAGAGGGGUGCAAAGAUUAUCAGCUUGUUAUUAGAAAGGUAUCCCGAAAUUGAAAUUACCGAGGCCAUUCUGCACGCUGCAAUAGAGAAGGUCUAUCCCAAAGAUGUGAUAGAGUUACUCCUAUCAAGAUGUCCCGACCACUUGAUCACCGAGAAGGCUUUGAUCAUGGCGGCAAGGAGCAAUUUUCGUGAAGCGAGCUUAAAAACGCUAAUAUUCAGGUGCCCUGAGGAGCAGGUCACAGAAUUUGUUGUGGGGGCGAUUGCGGACUAUACACUUAAUUGGAUUAGCAUUAUACUGUCCAGAUGCACGGAGCUCGUGGCCACGGAGGAUGUCAUGUUGAAGGCAGCGCAGGGCGGUACGUACACCGAGGUUGUAAGAAUAUUGUUAAAACAACACCCGAAUAGCUUGAAAGCUUUAGAGAGAUCUUUGACGAGUAGGCCACCCCGAAAAUCCAUCUUGCAUCUGCUGCUCAACCAAUAUCCCCGCACAAUGAUCACCAGUCCAGUGUUGAUUGCGACGAUUAAGAAUCCUCGGAAUUAUCCUACUGACAUUAACCUCCUGCUCGAUCGGUGUACUGCCGCUAUAAUCACCGUUCCGGUUCUCACCGCAGCAGCGGGUAUCUCUGAAACCCUCUUUACGCGCCUACUAGACUUGUUCCCUAAUGCUGCGGUCGCCGAGUUGGUCUUGGUUCAAUUGGCUGGAUUCAAGAAUGGUUUUCGAAAAAUGGAGCUCCUGCUGGCGCGAUUCCCCGAUAUCAUCAUCACAGAGGUGUCCCUAAUUACGCUCCUCAUUACGGAAAUUGAUUCACAUUCUCUAUGUCGGAGUUUAAUGUUCGUUCUGAAUCGUUCCCCCAAUAUCUCGAUCACUCACUCGGUCUUGAAUAUGUUGGUAGAUAUCUUGGUUCGAGGUAAGCUUUCCAGGCUGUUGCUAGACCAGUUUCAUGAUAUUGAGAUAACUGAGUGGGCCACCGCCCGCGCGGAGAUAGGUGCAUUCGAGGGAAGUGAGGUGGUGAUGACGCUCCUCCUAGACAGAAACCUUCACUUCAUGAUAGCCGAGUCGGCCUUGGUUGCGAUGAUGUCUAGGUCAAUCGGUACUGAGACAAUAAAACUACUUCUGAGCCGAUGCCCGGAUGUGGUGGUGACCAAAGCAGUUUUAGUUGCUGCAGCAGGUAAUCUACACUGUGACGCAUUGCGGUUACUUGUGGAGAGACACCCUGAUAUCGUGGUGACCGAAGCGGUUUUGGUUGCUGUGGUGGAUGAUCAGGACUCUGAGCUGCUGCGGUUCCUCCUGGACAGACACCCCGAUGUGGUGGUGACCGAAGCGGUUUUAGUCGCUGCGGCAAGAAAACAUUGGACCUCUGGGGUGCUGCGGUUCCUCCUGGACAGACGCCUGGAUAUGGUGGUGACCGAAACGGUUUUAGUUGCUGCUGCAGGUAAUCCGGCCUCUGAACCGCUGCAGUUCCUCCUGGACAGACGCCCCGAUGUGGUGGUGACCGAAGCGGUUUUAAUUGCUGCGUCAGGUCAUUGGAACUCUGAGAGGCUGCAGCUCCUCCUAGACAGACGCCCCGAUGUGGUGGUGACCGAAGCGGUUCUAUUUGCUGCGGCAGGUCAUUGGAACUCUGAGAGGCUGCAGCUCCUCCUGGACAGACGCCCCGAUGUGGUGGUGACCGAAGCGGUUCUAGUUACUGCGGCAGGUCUUGGGGACUCUGAGAUGCUGCUGCUCCUCCUGGACAGACACCCCGAUGUGGUGGUGACCGAAGCGGUUCUAGUUGCUGCGGUAGAUAAUGAGGCCUCUGAAACGCUGCAGCUCCUCCUGGACAGACACCCCGAUGUGGUGGUGACCGAAGCGGUUCUAGUUGCUGCGGUAGAUAAUGAGGCCUCUGAAACGCUGCAUUUCCUCCUGGAGAGAUACCCCGAUGUGGUGGUGACCGAAGCGGUUCUAGUUGCUGCGGCAGGUUUUGGGAACUCUGGGAUGCUGCGGUUCCUCCUGGACAGACAACCCGAGUUGGUGGUGACCGAAGCGGUUUUCGUUGCUGUGGUGAAGAGAUUUUGGGGGUUUGAGAUGCUGCGGUUCUUCUUGGACAGAUACCCGGAUAUAGUGAUAUCCGAAGCGGUCUUAGUUGCUGCCGGCGCCGUAGAUAAGUGGGCCUCUGUGAUGCCGCGGCUGCUGCUGGACAGACGACCGGAUAUGGUGGUGACCGAAGCGGUUUUAGUUGCUGUCGUGCCUACUUGGGGGUCUGAGUUUCUGCAGUUCCUCCUGGACAGACACCCCGAGGUGGUGGUGACCGAAGUGGUUUUGGCUGCUGCGGUAGGUAGUGGAGACUCUGGGGUGCUGCGGGUACUCCUGGACAGAAACCCCGAUGUGGUGACCGAAGCAGUUUUAGUUGCUGCAGCAGGUAGUGGACACUGUGACGUGUUGCGGUUACUUGUGGAGAGACACCCUGAUAUCGUGGUGACCGAAGGGGUUCUACUUGCCGCCGCAGGUAAUCCGGACUCUAAGCUGCUGCGGUUCCUCCUUGACAGAUACCCCAAUAUCGUGAUAACCAAAUUGGUUCUACGUAAGCUCGUACAAACCAGACGUCGCAUGGACACUGAGACCCUGGAGCGGAUAAUGGACAGAUACCCCGAACCUAUAAUCAGUGAAGAUUUUUGGACUACUCCAUCCCAUUUAGUCACACAAAUGAAGCUUCUGCUGGCGCGACGAGACCUUAUCAUCGAAACUCCCUCGGCCGGAACCUGUAUUAAUCCAGAGUGA